GACAACUGUAGAUAAGUGCCCGGAGAGAGAUUUCCUUUUGUUCUUUUCUUUUGUCUUUCUUUUUAUUUAUCUACACACACUCUGAGAAAAACACUAGGAGCUACUGCAAGGAAGGAACCAGAGGGUCAUUGAGGAGAAGAGAGAGGGAAAAGUAGGUUUGUCUUGAAUGAGGUGGGUGUAGCUGAGUGGGGAGAGCAGCCGCAGCAGGAGCAGUGCAGUUACCAUGGCGGCGUUGCAGGGCUCUAAUUCCGUGCCAUUAUUGCUUCAUUAACAUUGAAGGAGAAUUAAAGAAAGCUGGCCUGGCGUGGCUGGCUGGCUGGGGGUUGGUUCUAGGAUUGGAGCCACAAGUCAAGAAUAGUAUGGUGUACCCAUCCCCACUUUUCCUCUCUAAGUAUCUUAUAUACAGUUAACAAAUUCUUGAAAGUUUUUACCUCUUCUCUAAUCUCCAACAAAAAAAGCUGCAAAAAACUUAGUCUCAGAGAGUCGUCAGAAUCGUCAAGAAGUAAUAUCAGAUAUAUAACCAACCAACAGACAAACACUCAGUUAAUUGAAGUUUCUCUUAAAAACCCCACCAAAAUUCAAGUCUGAAAAAACCCAAAAAGCAAAGCCAGAGUGAUCUUGCAGGGUUUUCAGAGUCGCCACUUUCCUGAUAUUGAGUUAUUCUGCUAUGGAUUUUCUGUCUAAAUUGAGGUUUGUAUCAGCUUUUGGGUGCAAGAAAUGGCAGGGUGGUUCUAUCUAGGUGAGAGAGAAGGGCCAUCAAGCAAACAAGAUCAAGAGAAAGAAGUCAAUAAUAGUAGUUUGUUUUUGUACAGAUCAUCAAACGAGGAGAUCUACAACAACAACAAGGGGUUUGAGUUAUGGCCGCAGUAUUAUCCCCAGCAGCAAAACAUGAACAGCUUCUCGUUUGGAGUGGGUCCUAGUCGAAGAAAUUUCUCUGAUGAUCACUCUCCAAGAUUAGGUUUUACAGUGAUGAGACAAGGAGGAGGCUUAGGGGGAGGAAUGAACUGUCAAGACUGCGGGAACCAAGCUAAAAAAGAUUGUCCCCAUUCGAGAUGUAGAACUUGUUGUAAGAGUCGAGGGUUUCAGUGCCAAACACACGUUAAGAGCACUUGGGUCCCUGCUGCUAAAAGGAGAGAAAGGCAACAACAACUAGCUGCUUUGCAACAACAAAAUCAAGAACAGCAACAGCAGCAGCAGCAGCAGCAACAGUUCCGAGGAGAGAAUCCAAAAAGGCAGAGAGAGAAUCAAGGUGGUGCUUCCUCUCUUGCUUGCACUCGUUUAGCCGCUACCACGUCAGGGCUUGAAAUGACAGCAUUUCCACCAGAAGUGAAUUCACAAGCCGUAUUUCGUUGCGUUAAAGUAAGCGCCCUGGACGAUGCAGAAGAUCAGUUAGCAUAUCAAACGGCAGUUAACAUUGGAGGCCAUGUUUUCAGAGGAAUUCUCUACGAUCAAGGUCCUGAAGGGCGUUACACCAGUACAGGUGGUGAGAGCUCCUCCAGUGGAGCACAACAACUUGGUCUUAUAACAACAGCAACAACUAGCACCACAGCAACUACAACAAACACUAGUAAUCCAGCUGCUGGUAAUACUUUGUUUGAUCCGUCUUCUCUAUAUCCAGCUCCUCUCAAUGCUUUUAUUGCUGGUACGCAAUUCUUCCCACCCCCAAGGUCCUAGCUGCAUUCUACACUAAACCUCUCCAUUUGUCAAAGAACUCCAUAAAUUGGUGGUCUAGUAGUUUUUCUUUUUUGAAACAUGCAUGAUGCCCUCGAAACUGAAGUAGAGAGAGCAUAGGAAUUUUAGAGAUUAGAAAUGGGGCAUUGCCAGAAAGGAGAAUUUGGAUGUUUUGUUUUCGGAUUUUGUUUCGAAUUUCAAUUCAGAUUUCAUGAUAUGCAUGGAUUUAUUUAAUUUAAUCUUAUCCGUGAUGAAUGCCUUGUUAUUUC